AUGCCGGCCCAAAGUAGAAAGCCAAAAAGGGAUGGAAGGAAGAAGACAUAUUCGUCGGUCCCCAACAUUACAAGUGCGCAGGCUGGUCCUGUCUCGAGCUCUAAAACUGUCGAGAACAGUUCAUCUUCACAACAGGGUAGUGGGUCACAAACCCUAAAUGUACCUGCUGUUCUAGAAAAGCCACCACAGAAACCCGCAGAGCCGGAGAACAAGGUGCCUAAUGUGUUUGAGUUCCUGGAAGAGAAUGAUGAAUCGUCUUCAGCCUCAUCCUCAUCAUCGUCAUCAUCAGAGUCUGAAUCCGAAUCUGACGAAGAGCCGGAGCCUCCACGUCCUAUACAAACCACCACCAAGAUCCAGUCUCCCAAGCCACGGGCAAAUACCGUACCUCAUGGAGUGUUGGUCUCAGGAGGCAAUGCACCCCCGAAGAGAGUUACCCUAUCACUUCCAGUGUUAUCCAAAAGCCCAACUGAACCACGGAAGCCCGCAUCACAGCCGGCGCCUCCUACAGGGAAUCAGUUGGUCACCCGGAAGAAACAACCCACUAGAAAGCCGAGCCCGAUCUCGACUGAGAACAUCUCUCCAGGAAAGGGCCAACUAGAAUUGUCCCGACCACAGACCUACCAUGGCUCAUCCAGAGACAGCGGUGUUGUACACAGACCACCGCUCCCACCAUCUCCCCCAAGAAGUCCAGAAGAUAGUCUUCACCGCACCACGCCGACAAAGAGACGAGACUCCAGCGCCUCGCAAGAGCCAUCAGGAUACGGUAUUCUAGCUUCUCACCUAACCAAGUCCACCGCAGAAGAGAGCGGAGGCUUCCCUCCUCUAUACCGACGCUUCGAGACCAUCAACCACCGUGUCUUGCUUCACCUCCAAGACGAGAUCUCCCAAAUGGAAGAAGAUCUCCACACGCUAGACGAGUAUGAGGAAAUGCAUCGACUCAGCAUAGCCGAGCAGGAAGGCACAAAGCCCUUGCCUGCUUCACGACGUCGGGACGUCCAGUCUCAGGCUUACUCGUCGUUGCAUUACCGCCGCAUGGAUCUCAUGAGCGUUUUGAUCCAAAAGACCGAGCAAUACAGUAAGUUCCUUCCUCCCACUUUCCAUAUUGUCAUCCAUCCACAAAGCAGAUCCGCUGAUCAGCACGCAGACAACGCCCUCAGUGCCUAUAGCAAAGUCCUACAGAUGCUCCCGCGGGCCUCGGAACAGGAUAUCACGGGCUAUCGCAGCUGGAUGAGAGAUCACAAGCCCGUCGCUGGUGUCGAGACGCGGUUCCUAAUCCACAAUGAAGAUCUGGUCUCGCUCACUCCGCGAAUGGCGGCCUCUCCCGCUGCAGCACCCGCAUACAUCGCUAUUGUCAUUGCAUCUGGUGCGCUCCUACUGCCAUUGUUGGCGUUCAGCCUUAUUACAGAGUUCUCCGGCCGUCUUGUCGUUGUGACGGUUGUUGGCGGCGCUGCGGCGGCUAUUGCUGCGAAUUAUUCGGCCGGUACUGAGACGCUGAUCGACUCGAAGGAUGGCUGGCGCUGUGCUACAAUGUAUGAGUGCUUCGAUUCUGUGGUGGCUGAAAUUGAGACUGACUUUUACUUUUCUAGAUACUUCGGUUUCAUGGUUAUAGCUGCUAUGUUCAUUCCAUAG